AUGCCCGUAGAAGCCAUGUUUCCCGACGAAUUUGAUUCCGACGGUUCCUACUCGGAAACCGACUUCGACGUCGGCCGAGGCGCCCACCGCGCCCACUUCCACCAGCGCUCCUCCUCGCGCCACCGCCGCCGCUCCCCGCGCGCCUUCCUAGUCCCCGAGCAGACCUCGCGCGUCCACCGCUCCGCCUCCACCGGCGGCCGUCACCGAGGUCGUGAAGGCCGCGAGCCCGGCAUCCCCAACAUCAACAUCUUCAACGACCAAGCCGUGCGCUCCGACAACCGGCCCGAGAACACCCAGUCCUCCCGCCGCGUGCACCAGCGCUCCACCGACCGCCACGACUUCCACGACCACCACCGCAGCCACAGCGCCAACCAUCUCGCCGACGAUGACUACGUGCACGUCGGCGGGCCCGCCCACCAGCCACGGCGCGAGCGCGCCGUCAGCGGCGCCAGUUUCUCCCGGGACCCCUCACCGUUCCACCGAGACUAUGAACUCGUCAUGGGUCACCAGCUCCUCGAGCAUAAUGAUAUCCGUCAGGAUAUGGAUCUCAAGAUGCUGAAGCAUGAGACUGAGAGGCUGGAGCGGGAGCUGCGAAGACGGAACCGGGCUAAUGAGAUGGGGACCAUGGCACCGGGACCGCCCGCGCCCCCACCGCCUCCAGCGGCACCGGCGCCCGGGCCCGGGCCUGUGGAGCGGGUGAUUGACCCGCUUGAAUCGCGGUACUGGAAAGACCGCGAGAGACGGUAUGAGGAGAUGCUUGCUGAGAAGCGCCGUGUGCAGGAGGAGUUAGAGCGGGCGCGGCUUGCUGAGGAGAUGGAGGCGAAGGCGGCGAAGAAUGCGCGGUUGAGGGAACUUGAGAGGGAGGCUGUUAGUAAGGAGGAGCAGAGGGCUGCUGAGGAGAGGUGGCAGAUGUCUCGGUAUGCUGCUGAUCGGAGGGCUGCUGAGGAAGCGGAGGAGGUUAGGAAGAAGUUGGAGGAUGAGAAGUAUCGGGAGUUUGCGAAGCGGGAGCAGGAGAAGUCGUCGCGGGAGAAGUUGUUGAGGGAGGAGAAGUGGAAGCAGCUUGCUCAGGAGAAGGAGGAGGAGGAGGAGAGGGAGAGGGUGAUUCAGCAGAUUCGGGAUGAGGAUGCGCGGAAGGCUAAGGAGGCUGAGGCGAAGAAGGCGAAGGAGAUUGCUAUGAAGGCUGCUGCUGUUGAGGAGUGGAAGCUUGAGCAGGAGAGAUUGGCGAAGGCGGCUGCUGAUGCUGCUGCUGCGAAGGCUGCUGCUGAGGCUGCGGCUGUUGCGGAGUGGAAGCUUGAACAGGAGCGCAUCAAGCAGCGGGAGGCUGAGGCGGCGGCGAAGGAGGAGAAGGCCUUCCGGGAUCGUCUCAAGAGCAUGGGAUAUUCCGACGAGGAGAUUGAGAAGAUUGUCAAGGGGAAGGGGAAGGCCGAGGAUGGUAAAGAUGGCAAGGAUGGCAAGGACGGAAAGGAUGGCCAUGCUCCUGGCCAUGGACCUCCGGACCACAAGAUGACUUGGAUCAAGGUUCACAAAGACCACCUCCUCAUCGAAACCUUGCACGCCUACAACCUGCCCUGGGACACAGACCCUCACGACCCCAACUACCUCGUCAUCAAGCAGUGGAUUUCCGAAGACUUCCAAGAGGAGCUAUUCGCACACACCCGACGCCUGCGUGACAACAAGGUCAUUGCCCAGACUUCCAGUUCCAUGACCGAGCUGAGGGUCAAUGAUCGCAAAAAGGACAAGUUGUUCCUGGUCCGGAAGAAGAGUCCCAAGAGCCGCUUUAUCUUCACCUGA